GAUUCCAAACUGAAACAGGUUAUAAGCUCUGCAAAUAUACUCUCUCCCUCUCUCUGUGAUCCCCGAUCUAAGGCACCGCCACCAUCCCCGCCAUCGCCAUGGCAACCUCAUCCCACUCUCUGCUCCUCCAGAACCCUAAUCGUGCUCUCCUCAAAACCCCGUCGCGUUCCAUCCUCCCCACCACCCAUCUCAACACCCUCAAGAUCCCCACCAAGCUCAUCUCAAUCAGAUGCGCCGCCACAACCCAAACCCAAGAUCAUCGCCCAUUGACCCAGACCCAAUCCCAAGAUCGAGUCUUCAACUUUGCCGCCGGGCCCGCUACCCUCCCGGAGAACGUCCUCCUCAAGGCCGAGUCGGAGCUCUACAACUGGCACGGAUCCGGCAUGAGCGUCAUGGAAAUGAGCCACCGAGGUAAGGAGUUCCUCUCCAUCAUCCAAAAGGCCGAAUCGGAUCUCCGUACCCUUCUGAAAAUCCCCUCCGAAUACGCGGUCCUCUUCCUCCAGGGCGGCGCCACCACCCAGUUUGCUGCGAUCCCUUUAAAUCUGGUUAAACCCGACGAUCCGGUGGAUUACCUGGUCACCGGGUCUUGGGACAAGGCCUUCAAGGAAGCACAGAAGUUCAGUAAAGCCAAGGUGAUCUGGUCCGGCAAAUCGGAUAAGUACACGAGAAUCCCGUCAUUCGAGGGGUUGGAGCAGAGCCCGGACGCCAAGUAUUUGCACAUAUGUGCCAAUGAAACCAUUCACGGUGUCGAGUUCAAGGACUACCCGACUCCGAAGAAUGGCCUUCUGUUAGCCGAUAUGUCUUCGAAUUUCUGUUCGAAGCCCGUGGAUGUGUCGAAAUUCGGAAUCAUAUACGCUGGGGCCCAGAAGAACGUGGGUCCAUCUGGGGUCACUAUUGUCAUCAUCAGGAAGGAUCUGAUUGGGAAUGCCCAGGAGAUCACACCCAUUAUGCUAGAGUACAAGAUCCACGCCGACAACAACUCGCUUUAUAACACCCCUCCUUGCUACGGAAUUUACAUGUGUGGAUUGGUGUUCGAGGACUUGUUGGCGCAAGGCGGAUUGGAGGAGGUGGAAAAGAAGAAUAAGAAGAAGGCCGAGCUUCUGUAUAGCGCGAUCGAUGGGAGCAAUGGAUUCUACAGGUGCCCAGUUGAGAGGUCGGUGAGGUCUUUGAUGAACGUACCUUUCACGUUGGAGAAGCCGGAGCUGGAGGCGGAGUUUGUGAAGGAGGCGGCUAAGGAGAAGAUGGUUCAGCUCAAGGGACAUAGGUCGGGGGGUAUGCGUGCUUCCAUAUACAAUGCUAUGCCUUUGGCUGGGGUUGAAAAGUUGGUUGCUUUCAUGAAAGAUUUCCAGGCAAGGCAUGCUUGAUUGCUUUAUAAUGGCUUAUUUGGUGAGCCUGAAAUUAUUAGGCAUCGUAGCAAAUUUUUUGGCUUUUUUCCUUGUUGCUUGUUUGUUUGUUUGUUGUUGUUGUUGUUGAUGAGGGUGGUUGGGCUGGUCAUGUUUUGCUUGCAUUUCAGGAUAAUGGUCUGAUUGAUGUUCAUUUACAUGUCCAGCAAUAUAAAUUGUAAUGGUUUAGGCUUUAGGGUAUUACAUUACUGUCUUGCAAAAUUCAUAAAGUUGAUGAGGUUAAUUUCUUGUCAUAAGAAUUAGAGAAUUGCGAGACAUUUGUACGAAGUUUUGCUGAUUCAAUAAAGUAAUAUUC